AUGGUUUUGCGAAAGCGCGCCAGGGAGGAGACCGAGGAUUCAAGUACACAUGUCGCGAAAAAGAGUGAACCGCAGCUGGGCCAUGAAGAAGAACAUGGCCUGCUCCACCAGCUGCGCAAUAUGUGGGAGUUUUCGAAUCUUGUGCAGUAUAUCUAUUCCUUCGGGAAGGUGGUGAAGAUUAGCGAUGAUAUCGAUAUUGAUAACUUGGAAACGGAAUGUCUGAAGCCUGGUCCUUCAGCAAAACUUCUCGAUAUCGGACUAACCCUCCUAAAAUUCGUCUCAUCCCAUCGCGGACUCACGUCGGAAAACUUCGAAGAGUAUACCAGGCGGCAAUACUUGGCAAAAGCACCUGCCCGUAACCCGUUCGGGGAUGCAGAGGAGCCUAUCAAGUUCAACGAUCUCGAUAUUUUUCAAAGAAUACGUAUUUUGCAGCAAUUAGCGUUAUGGACUUUCUGGAAUCCGGAUCGCAUGCGCGAAAGGAUGCCAGAGCAAAAGGAAACGGAGCAGACUCAAUGGCGCGUGGACGAAAUUGGAUAUGAUCGCGAUGAGCGGCUUUACUACGUGCUCGAUGAUAACAGGUUGUACCGUCGAACUGACCCUCCCAUCCCGGCUGCUAGGCCUGCUAAACCAAAGGCGAACAGCAAAAAGGCGAGAGCAGCUGCCCGCGCUGCGAAAAAGCGAAAGCUUUCUGGAAUAAAAGAUGAAGAGGAUAAAGAGCCCAAGAAUGAGGCUAAUGGAGGCGCUGAACAUGAUUCAUCCGACCGUGGCUACAAAUGGGAGUGCAUUGCUAUUACCCUUGCACAGUAUAACGCCUUCCUCGAAACAAUUAAAAAGUCUAAAGAUCCCAACGAAGAGUUCCUUCGAGAACAGCUCGUGGAGAAUGUCAUCCCUGUCAUUGAAAAAGUCGAGGAGUCUCAGCGAAGGAAAAGAGAACGAAGAGAGAAAGAAUUGAUUAAUAUGCAACGCAUGGCCAAUGCAAAACGCUCAAGCAGAAUAGCAAGCAAGCAAGACCGCGAACGCCAGGAAAUGGAAGCUGCAGAAGCGGCGCGAAAGCGUGAAGCAGAGCGCAUCGCUGCGAUUAAGGAGCAGGCGAAGCAAAAGAAGAUUGAGAAGGAACGGCUGUACCGCAUGAUGACCCGGGAGCAGCGUCUCAAGGACCGUGAAGAAAAACGGAGAUUGCAUGAAGAGGAGCUGGCAAAGAUAGCGGAGGAGGCAAAGAAGAUUGAAAGCGGCGAAGCGAGGAUGUCUAAGAGGCAUUUGAAGGCUGAGAUGGAGAAGCGCAAGAAGGAUCUCGAGGCUCUACAGAACGAGGAACAGUGGAUUUUCGAUUGUUCCGGUUGUGGUGUGCAUGGGGAGAAUCUUGAUGAUGGUUCUCAUAUUGUUGCUUGCGAGAAAUGCAAUAUUUGGCAACAUAUCGAAUGUCUGGUUAUUCCAAAAGAUGAAGCUGAAAAGGAAGAUUUCCAUUUUGUCUGUAGCGACUGCAAACGUCGUAUAGAGGAGGCUAAUCUACCGAAAAUCCCUCCUCUGAAGUUCCGCAUUGGCGCCUCUUCCUCCCCUCCCUCGACUGGCAAGCCAAAGGCCAAUGGAGAAAAACGCAAGAGGCAGGAUCAUUCCCUCUCCCCUUCAGUGAAGAAGGCCAAACACCCAUCUUCCUCCCCUGCUAAACCUUCGGUCCCACUGCCAAAAAGCAAUAUUUCAACGAAUGGUUUUGUGGUUGAGGUUAGCCAGGGGCAACGUUUACUUAACCCUCAAACCACCUCUCUCUCUAGCCAGCCGGCCCUACCCUCGUCGCCCCAGCACCAAAUGCAGCCAAUGCACAAUGGUCUCUAUCCUCUGCCUCCUGGUCACCACCCCCGUUCCAAUAUACAGCAGCCUAACUCCUCAUUGGCUCCAUCCCCUUUCUCCCUUACCAACGAAGCCUCAAACGCGCUCCCGCGUCCCAACACUCAGCCGCCAGGACCAGCCCCUCAUUUUCUUCACUACCACCCUCCAGGACUAUACCCAAGAUCAAAUUCCAGCUCUUUCACCCCCCAACGCAUCUCCGCAUCCCCAUCAACGAAAGCAGGCUCCUUCAUAUCCCCAAUACGAAACCUCCCCUCCAUAUCCCCUACGCAGGGAAACCAAGAUGUCGGCUCGCUAGCCGGAUUCCCACUUUCAUCACUUCCGAAUGGACCCCUUCCUGCCACUCCGCGCGUCCAUCACCAAGUUCCCACACAAAACGCCAUUACCUCCUCCCCAGCUUACACAGCAGCCCAGCCAUCUAACCCUUCUCGUACAUCCCCUUCUUUCUCCUCCACCACCUCCACACCAGCCAGGAAUUCAUUUGCAUACACCUCUCCCUCUCCAUCUCUACCUCCCACUUCAGGUAUAAGCCCCAUAAAACAUUCCCCAGCACACCCACCUCUUUCAUCCUUUACCUCUUCGAGCACGGUGACCACGCCCAUUCUGCCACCUGUACAGAGACUCCAUCCCAGUCCCAAGCUAAUGGGUAGAGCUUCUCCCGAUUCCCCUAUACCGCCACCUGUCAAGAGCAUGACUCCCGAUCAGGAGGAUCGGAGAAGGAGGGAGAACGAGUUGGCGGCGGCGCAAGGUCUAAACCUGAGUCAGAGUCAGAGCCAGCAUCAGAAUCAGAUAUCUGGUACAACGCCACAGGUUUUGGAUUGUGUGAUCCUCCCACAACCGCGGGUUCAGCAACAGCAUGCGUUCCGGACUACUCAAGUUCAGCCAACACAGAAAUCAAAUAAUAAUCAAUGA